UGAUUGUUAUUUCAUGCAAAUACUGGAURGUUGCCCAUUGGAAUGACAUUGACUACUAGUUCCCAUUGGUUGCCAACUUCGUCACUUUUAAAUAUUAUUCUUUGGUUUAUGUGUGUCUUUUUAUUGCUGUUUAACUGAGGAGAUUUUKAAUUGAAGUUCAAGAAUAUUUKUUGGAAAAAAGUUGUCUCAAACUAGAAUGUGCCAAGAGUUCCAGUGCGAGUGUUGUCCCGAUGACCUUCCUCAGAUAAGCUGUGUUUGUGUAGAUUGUUACCAUGGUGAUGAKGAGAGCGAGYCAAAGGUGAACAGCAGUCAGAAGUAUUAUAAAGAAAUGAAUGCUACAGGAAAAGAUAGCAGCCAGGAAAAGAUUGAUGGUCAAGAAACCAAUCAAGAAUCAAUGAAGGUCCUUGAAAGCGGUAAAGUUGAGUUCAAUACACCUUUAGUUAACGAUGACACCCCCAAUGAGUCGUGCUGUGGACGAAAGAAUUGUGAUAAAGACACGAGCACCGUUCAACCUGAAGUCUACAGUGAUGAUAUUGCUUGCACUCAAAAUGGUUCUCAAGAAAAGCCAACCGAAACAUGUGACUCCAGGAGCGCACAACCUGCGAUCAACGAUACUUGUCACAAAGAAAAGUGCUGCAAAGAAGGCACUGGUUCUACUAAUACUUGUGAUGAAGAAAACAAGGAUCGCGAACACUCUUCCAAGACUUCUGACAAGUGCUGUGAUUCUGGGCUAAAGAGCUGUGAUGAGGAAGCUAAAAAGAAAUUCUGCUCAACAAAAAAUGACGAAGAAAUUGCUCAAGGAUGUUGCAACAAACAAGAUAAAGCCGUUGCUGAUGCGAAAGAACCCAAAUCAUGUUGCCCAACUGAUUCAAAUAACGGACUCACUUCUGAMAAUUGUUGUGAUUCUGGGCUAAAGAGCUGUGAUGAGAAAGCUAAUUUGGUCCAACCUAAAAAGAAAUUCUGCUCAACAAAAAAUGACGAAGAAAUUGAUCAAGGAUGUUGCAACAAAAAAGCCAUUACUGAUGCAAAAGAACCUAAAUCAUGCUGCCCAACUGAUGCAAGUCAAAAAGACUCACUUAAAAAUAAUCCCUCUUGCUUCUCUUCAACCGCACCAAAACCUAAGCAUUGCGGUGAGGAUAAAGGCACUGAAGAAAUCUCGUUUGAUUGCUGUUCACCACAAACCAAUUGUUCUUCAUCACAAGCAGGAACUCGUUACAAUAUAGCGCMCAAGCUUAGGAACGGUGAAAUUUGCUCAAAAGAAGAAACAGCUCUCCUUAUUGAGCCCACGGAAAAUCAAACAAAACUACCAAAGAAUGCAAAAGGACUAUUGUCUCGUCGAAACACCACCAAACUACGAGUACAGAAUAUAUGUUGUGCAAUGGAAGCUAAUCUGGUUGAAGAAUGCUUGAAACCCCUAAAAGGAAUAGACAGCGUGGCUGUAAAUGUGAUUGGUCGAGUUGUCCAUGUACGUCACGACCCGGAAGCUACCUCACCAACUGAACUUGUUGACUGUCUUAAUAAAGUUCAUCUUGGAGCAACUGUCAUGGAGAUGGGUUCACGUGAUCACAGCGAAGAGCAAUUGCCUCGAAUGCUAAUACUGACUAUGGUUUAUGUAUUGGUGCAAGCGGUGCUCCUCGUGACAGCGGUCRGCGGUCUUUUCUUAAAUAAGAGGCCGUGGCACCAGUGGGUUGCUAUUGCUGAGAUUAUCUUUGGUGGUAUUCCUAUUCUGAAAAAUUCUUACUACGCUGUCAAGAACCGCAGGAUAGACAUUAAUAUUUUAAUGUUAAUUGCCAUUAUAGGAACAAUARCAAUCAGCGAGUGGGUUGAGGGAGCUACAGUUGUCUUUGUAUUUGCUGUUGCCGAUGCCUUACAGGAAUUCUCCAUGUUUCGUGUUCAGCGGACUAUCUCAAAACUUAUGCUAAAACGGCCAGAAAUUGCAGUGUUGGCGGAGACUGGGGAAAGUGUAUCGAUUGAGAAUGUUCCUAUUGGUUCCCUAAUAGCARUAAGACCAGGAGAACUUAUACCUCUUGAUGGUGUUGUCGCAAAAGGACGCGCUGCCGUAGACGAGAGUUCCAUUACAGGAGAAGCUCUACCUGUUGAGAAGACUGUUAUGUCCAAAGUGUUCAGCGGCACUGUAAAUCAAAAUGGCUACAUCGAAGUACAGACCACAUCUGACUCAUCGUCGUCAACUGUAUCUAAAGUAGCUCAGUUGGUCCAAGAGGCCCAGUCUAGCUCUACAGUGACAGAAGCCAUUAUCAACCGAUUUGCAAAGUUCUACACUCCAUUAGUUAUACUUGUAGCCGCUCUUCUUGUCAUCAUUCCAGCCAUUUUAGGAGCAGCGGGUGUUGGGACGUACUUACAGGACAUCCGUGAGUGGGGAAAGAGAGCUUUGGUUAUGUUAGUCAUCGCCUGCCCCUGUGCUCUGGUCAUGGCCACCCCUAUUGCUGUAGUCUGUAGCAUUACUGCGGCUGCGCGGAAGGGAGCUUUGGUCAAAGGCGGUGAAUUUCUAGAAACUUUGUCCAAGCUGCAAGUUUUAGCUUUUGACAAAACAGGGACUUUAACAGAAGGAAAGUUCCAGGUCACUAAUAUGGAAUGUGUUGAUGGAAAAAACGAACGAGACGUUCUUCGACUAGCCGCUGGUCUGGAAAGUAAGACAGUCCAUCCAAUUUCAGCCGCUAUAGUGAACGAAUUUUCUGGUUGUGUAACAGAGAUGGUGAAAAACCAGACGGUAGUCCUACCUGAAGUGACACAGUUCGAGAUGUAUGAGGGUCAGGGAAUUUCAGGGCUUCUUGAAGGUAAACGAGUUCGUGUAGGCAAUAAGGAUAUGUUGGACAAUUGUGGUGCAUCAUUAAACGAGUACUUGUCCAGUACGUACCAGCUAUGGUCCAGUGAGAGCAAGACUGUUGUUUUUGUCUGUGUUGAUGACAAAUUAUCCUUAAUGAUUGCUCUGGCCGAUGAAAUUCGACCCAAUACUUGCGUUAGUCUAGAUUGGCUAAGGAAAAUUGGUGUCCAGACCUCCAUGAUUACUGGUGAUAACACACGGACAGCACAGGCCGUGAAGUCUAAGCUUACAUUAGACGAAUGUGUGUCUGAGAUGAAACCACAUGACAAGCUUCAAUGGAUAAAAGAAAAACAAACAAGUUUGGUUCGYGAUAACACCAGCCAAUCACGUAUUUGCUGUAGAAAAUCAAGUGAACGUCAUUUAAUAGUUGGUAUGGUAGGGGAUGGAGUCAACGAUGGACCAGCCUUAGCAUCGGCGAAUAUCGGGAUAGCAAUGGGUGCAGGCGGAACUGCAUUAGCAGUAGAGGCAGCCGAUGUCGCGCUAAUGAGCAAUAACCUUGCCAAGAUCCCAGAACUGAUAACUUUAGCAAGAUUCAGCCUGCGUGUAAUUAAGCAGAAUAUUGUUGCGUCAGUGUUGCUCAAGAUAGUGAUUGUGAUAGUCGCACUGACUGGGUAUGUUACCUUAUGGUUGGCUGUCGUUGYUGAUGUUGUCGGUUUACUUGUUGUGAUACUUAAUGGCCUUCGUCCACUUCACUGGAAACCAUCGAAAUCACAUCGAAAAGCUUCACACGAUGUCGGACUUGGAUCUAAAAGAACGACUUAUGCUAGCAUCAACAGUGAUAGACRUGAUCUAUAUAAUGUCAUAUAACUAACUUUUCAUACUCAGUCUGCCUUCGUAAUUGUAAGACUAAGGUUCUUGUCAUGGGUUUAUAUAGGUGUUCUAAUUUGAUAGACGUUAUAAUAUUUCAUAUCUCAUGAAUUAAUUAUUCGAAUUCACAUCUGAUAACUCAUUAAUUUUUAAGUUAGUUGGAUAGUAUGAUGGCAGUUUGUUCGGUAAUAUGAUUGUUUCCUUUUCAUUCAUUUCCUGUUUUUUUUUUUUCAUUCAAUUUUACAUUUCGUUCGUCUAUCAUUUUUAUUCUGUGAGACUUUUUUAUUUAUUCUCAAAUUUCUCAUUUCUUGUUUCUUUGCCGUUUUCAUCCUUUCCGCCUUUAUUUUCUUAUAGUUUUUAUUCAAUUCGUUCACCCGGCGCGUAUAAUUGCAUGGGGCCACCAAUCCCAUUCCAACGCUAGUUGAUUGUCAAACUAAAAUUCUUUAAGUCAAUUCAGACGCAAACUGCUGUCUUUGCUCAUUAAUUACAAAUUCAUUCAAAUAUUUUUAUCGAAAUCGUCAAAUAGAGACAUCACUUUUCAAUCCAGGGUAAUAUAAGGAUGUAUUUCAAUCCGGGGGAAUUUUCGUGGGUUAGGAAGCCGAUUGCGCAAAUAAGAGAUCUCGGUUGCAUAACUAUUUGAACAUUUAUUUUCCCCAGAAUCCAUUGGGUACGAGCUGCUUUCUUUUGGUUUUAGUAUGCACCUGUCGCGACUCCGUACAUAUGGCAUCUUUAACAACCUUAACAGGAUUUAUCCAAGAGGGAAAACCAAUUUUAUAGAUCGAGAAUAGGAAUUCUGAUGUAUUAUUUCCAAAUGAUAAAAAGAUGAGUUGUGACCAAUUUCACAUUCAAAUAAAGAAGGUACUUUAACGGCUAUGAAUGGAGUCUAGGACAGGUGCAAAUUCGAUAGAUGGGGACCCCUAUAUCCUUAUAUAGAUAGUGCAAAUCCAUGAACUUUAUCAUAAUUUAAUGUUAUUUGAGAAAAUAUAAUGAAUAGUCGAGUAGAUAGAUUAAUUAUUUCAAUUUUUGUGAACAAAUGAUAUUUUCAGACAUAGAAAUAAUUGAAUGAUAAUUAUAGUUAAAUGGUAAUAAACGAUGUGUUGAUUUUA